CAUUAAAAAAACACACACACACAAGAACAAACCCUCUUCUUCUCUCUCUCCUGCUUUCAUUUUUCAUCCUCGCUGUUGGGUUGGUAACGUUUUUCCCCUACAUCGAACCAUUAUCUGACUUUUUCUUGCUUUUUUUCAUCUGGGUUUCGUUUAUUUGGUGGAUUUUGCUCUGUUUUUGUUGAUUUCUCUAUCUGGGUUUCGUUUAUUGAUACGGAUUUUGGGGUUGGAACCUCCCGCCCGAGAUAUAGGUGUUUGAUUUUGCUCUGUUUUCGUGUUCUUGAGCUAUUUGGUUUCAUGGAUUGUUGAUUUUCUUCUAUUGGUUCCUAAGUUAAUCGAUCUGAGAAUCGUGGUUUCAAGUAAUUGAGAAUCGAUCGGUGGUUUAGUUCAGAUUUAUUGUAAUCUUAGUUGCUCGAUGUUCUUCUGAAUAUGAUCAUGGAGAAUAGUUCGAAAGAGAUAUCGUUAGAGAAGCAGCCAAGCACUCGUGUAGUUAUGGAGAAGCAGAAAAGCUUUAGAGGGUUCAUGGAGAAGCAGAAGAGCUUUCGUAUGGUGAUGGAGAGGCAGCUGAGUUUCAUGGGAGGCGAGAGGAAGAAGACGAGGGAAUCGCCUGGGAAACGUGGCGAUUCUCCACUUCACUUAGCAGCAAGAAGUGGAAAUUUAUCAAGAAUCAAAGAGAUUCUUCAGAAUUGUAAUGAUAGAAAUGAGUCAAAUGGUUUAAUGUCGAAGCAAAAUCUCGAAGGCGAGACUCCGCUUUAUGCAGCCGCUGAAAAUGGACAUGACUUCGUUGUUGCAGAGAUGUUGAAAUAUUUGGACCUUGAGACUGCUUUUAUGGCUGCUAGAAAUGGAUUCGAUGCCUUCCACGUUGCAGCGAAGCACGGCCAUCUCAAGGUAUUGCAAGAACUUCUCGAAGUAUUCCCCAACUUGGCUAUGACCACAGACUCGGUGAACUCGACCGCUUUGCACACGGCGGCUAUGCAAGGGCACAUUGAUGUGGUAAAUCUUCUUCUUGAAGCAGACUCGGAACUUACUAAAAUAGCUCGAAACAAUGGUAAGACUGUCCUUCAUUCGGCUGCCAGAAUGGGCCAUGUUGAAGUAGUAAAAUUAUUGGUAAGCAAGGACCCGAGCCUCGGUUUCCGAACUGACAAGAAGGGCCAAACCCCGCUGCACAUGGCUGUAAAAGGGCAGAACGAGAGGAUUGUGAUGGAGUUACUAAGGCCUGAUCCUUCGGUUUUGACACUGGAAGAUAACAAGGGAAAUACUGCAUUACAUAUUGCUGUAUCCAAGAGACGUACCGAGAAUGUUCAUUGCUUAUUAUCUGUCAAUGGUAUCAACAUCAAUUCCAACAACAAGAAUGGAGAGACCCCACUUGACAUUGCUGAAAAAUUUGGAUCUUCAGAACUUGUAACCAUCUUGAAGGAAGCAGGGGCAGUCAAUUCCAAAGACCAGGGGAAACCCCCAAGUGCAGCCAAGCAACUUAAGCAAACGGUUUGUGACAUAAAGCACGAUGUCGAAUCCCAACUACAGCAGACCCGCCAGACUGGCGUUCGAGUUCAGAGAAUUGCAAAAAGAUUAAAGAAACUUCACAUAAGCGGCCUCAACAAUGCUAUAAACUCCGCAACUGUCGUGGCUGUUCUCAUUGCUACUGUUGCUUUUGCUGCCAUAUUCACCGUCCCCGGCCAGUUCGUUGAGCAGGACACAAAGGGUUUUAGUCUCGGACAAGCGCAUAUCGCUACAAAUGCAGCUUUCAUCAUUUUUAUGGUUUCCGACAGUUUGGCGUUGUUCAUAUCCCUGGCGGUUGUAGUUGUUCAGACAUCUGUAGUUGUGAUUGAACAGAAGGCAAAGAGACAGCUUGUUUUUGUGAUUAACAAGCUCAUGUGGUUGGCUUGUCUCUUCAUUUCUGUUGCCUUCAUUUCAAUCACUUAUGUGGUUGUUGGAUCAAACCACAAAUGGCUUGCCAUAUGUGCAACCGUGAUCGGUAGCACGAUAAUGCUUACAACGAUUGGCUCGAUGUGCUAUUGUGUCAUUCAACACAGGAUGGAAGAGGCUAGAUUGAGAAGUAUACAACGAGGCGAGAGCCGAUCUCGUUCUUAUUCCAUGUCUAUGGUUGCAUCAGAAUCAGAGUUGUUGAAUAACGAAUACAAACGGAUGUAUGCACUUUAAGGUGAUUGAUAUCGAUAUAGAAGAAAAGACACAUGUCUAUUCCCAGGUGAUGGUUUGAUCUUAGGUCUCGUACGGCUAAGCCAUAUGAUGCUGAAGACAUGUAACGGGAACCUGGAUUACUCGACCGUACGAACCAUUGGUAAGGUCAGCCUACUAUCUUUUUGCAUAAUGAGGAUAACAAAUUGUAGAA